AUGGACAGUUAUUGCUCAUUGGUUUCAUGUGUUAACAUUUCUGACCCCCUUCAGAACGAGCCGCUGCCGAAGAUGUCCAUAGGAACAAAUCUGCUAUGUCUUCUCGAAUCGAGCCAAUACUUUGACUUUGAUAUACUACCAGAAAUAUCGGCUGAACUUUCACUGCAACUUAUAAAAGAGGGAAACAUUUGCACACUCAGUUCGCAGGUAUUUGUAAUCGAUAUUUGUGAUGAGGCGGUGACCGUUCUUUUCGUAGACGAAAUGUGGAAUGAACGAUUUGCCUAUCUAAAGCGGUAUUUUGAGCUAUGUCUUAGGAAAAGGGAUUUUCUGCUGUUCUUUAUUCUUCUGAGGCACUUUCUCAGACAUGAGGACCAGGAUAAAACGUAUGUGCUGGACAAUGAGCAUGAAUACAUACGAAGGGUGAAUGCCAUAAGGUUAUAUCCAGGCAGGUGCGGUAGGAAUGUCUUGUUCAAGCACGGGUUAUUUUUCUGUGAAUGUGUGUUCCAUUCAUCGACAGCGAUAAAAUCACUGGAGCACAGCCUUCAUGGGAACAUCUUUGUGCAUGAUGAGAAGGUUGAGCCAAAAAAUGAUGUCUUCGAGAUCAAAGGAAAUUCUUUCUUUUUUAAGGGACAGCGUGACAAGAAGAUGAGCUUUCUACUAAAGAAAGGAUUUACGGCUGAGGAAAUAUUCAACUUUUUUGGUGUUGGACGCUAGGAAGCGGACUGUCUGUUAAGUAACUGUGAGCACCGUUUCGAUGAAUGUGUACUGUGAUUCGUUAAAAACAGCGAUUCUUCAAACAAUCAAGCAUUUUAUGGCUGACUUUGUUAUUCUGUGUUAAUUGUGAUUAAUAUUCGUAGUGCCACGUUUUUAAGUCUAUGC